AUGGCACCUCCAGUAUCGGCACACGACGACCUAGGCGCUCAAAAUUCCUCUAGGAACUACGUCGGACUAGGCGCUCUUACACCAGCAGGAGGAAACAUCGAGGGGGCAACGACACCCGCAUUCGGAGACAUUUCAGGCAUUGCCAACACCUCAAGCUUACCUCCUGCCACACCCCACUUUUCUCAAGAAAAGAGCCAUCUCGUGGUGAAACAAGAACUACAUCAACAUCCUACUCCAACUUCUGCUCCUGGAAAUUUACGUGGUCUUUCUCCGGCUUAUCCUGCACAACUACGCGCAAGACUAGAAAAAGGAGCUUCACAUCAGAAGCCAACAGCUUCACAGCAGAAGCCUUCACAAGGAGGUUUUCUUGGCUUGGCAGCUGAAUUACAAUUCGAAAGCGGUGGUGGAAGUGGAUCACUUAACAUUGCGCGAGGACCAGCAGCCUGUUUUGGUGCUGCGCAACAAAAUCAGCUUCAUCAGCAGGCUUCUUCUUCCUCUUCAUCGAGCAACAAGAUGCUGAACCCUAACACAACGAAUCGAAGGGUUUUCCCGCCACCACCGGGCUUAGCUUUACCACAAGCGUCUUCGUCUUCCUCCUCUAGCAGUAGCACUAAUGCUAAUCACCAGAAUCCAAAUCCUAACGGAAAAGCCUCCUGCGCAAGAACUUCAUCAGGGGUUACUGUUCCUCGUGUGAAAUCCUUACCGUUGAAGGCUCUACGGCCAGGCACUAAACUGUCAGGUCGUGAGGAGGAAGAACAGAGACGAAGACAAAGCAUUGCAGAUGGAAAACGAAGAUCAGUCGAAGGUAAUGCUGGAGCACAACAACAACAUCAACUACUAGAAGGAGAAAGAAGAAGUUUAACUUCUGGAGGACAUCAAGGACAAGGAGAAGAACGUCUUCCUCCUCCUUCUGACAAAAACAACAAUAACAGCAAAGUUGUAGCAAGACAAUCCCGUCUGAGCGAUGAGAAUCCUUAUGCAGAAGAUGACAUUGACGUCGAAGAAGAAGCUCCUCUACAAGUGCCAGUCGAAGACUCUUUUCAGUUACCACCUGCCAAUCUAAUGCAGCCAACUUCUACUGCUGGUUCUGGUGUUUCUCAACUUUUUGGCAACUCUGGAUUGGGAGGCCUUGGGAAUGGAGAUCCACAUGGUGUAGGUCUACUUGGGCAGAACAAUAACGACCCUUACAAUUCAUCUACGUAUCAGACGCAAAUUCUUGUCCCAGAUAAUCUGAUGGACACGCAACUGCAACUGUCAGGAGCUGGUCCGCCGGGAGACUUCGAUCCAUACGCGACACAGGCGUAUGUCGACGACAAUUUUUCGCAGUUGUAUGGAGCAGCGAGUCAAGCAGCGGCAGGAGAACAACAAGGAGUCGGAGUAGGUGGAGUAGGAGCAGUGUUUGAUCCUUUUGCAUCAAAUAAUCCUUCUGGUUCUGGUCUAGACGCUGACGCCAAUAUAGAAGAAGGUGGACAAGUGCCAGGAGCUUCUUCAUCAUCUUCUGGACCUGCACCAGUUGGCGGUGGCCUUGAUCUCGACGAUCAUGCUCCUCUCACAGCCGCACAAGAAAGGAGUCUCGGGUAUAUACUAGACCCCCCGGCAGAGGUGGCAGCCGAGCUCUGGGAUCCCAACGAAUUUCAGACGCAGGCUUUAGAUUACGACCUUCUCUACGCUAACAGUACGCAAGCGAUGGAAAUACCUUAUGAUCAGGUCGUAGGAGCAGGAGGCGCAGGUGGAGCUGGAGGUGAUCAUAAUAGUAGUAAUGGAGCUGUGCAAAGUGGAGGUAAAAAUGGUACAACUACAACUGCUGGGCUAGGGCUUGUGAUCCAAGAGCAAGUCGAAAAAGUAGAUUUGGAGACCUUGUCCCUUGAGGAAUUAGGACCUUGGAGUCGGAAAAUCAAGGAUCGAUUCGGUCGAGUGUACUCCUUAGAACAAGGAUCGGCGCCACGACGUCAACCAGCGUUUUUAGCCAGGUACAAUUGGAAAGGCAGUGAAGCUGAGUUGGCAGAAUUACUUGGAGAGGACCAAGAUCACGAAGUAGAUGGAUUCGACAGUGUAGCGGUUGCUCGAGCAAGAGCAGAGAGGGCUGCAACAGAAAAUCCGAGUAGUGCUGCUGCUUCUUCAUCUUCUACUACUACAAGAGGUGCUGGUCUAACGACGUUUUUACCACAUGGAAAUCGUGGUGCGAUGGCAUUGUUAUCCGAGAUAACAGAAGCAGCAACACCAAUUCCUCCAUUUCAGGAUCGGCCAAUACCGACGCAAGAACAAAUGACCCGCAGUACGUUUUUUCAGAGGCAUUGGCACACCAAGAUCAAGGAUAUGGUGAAAAGAGCAGAUGUCAUAGAGGAACCGGCUGUAACUUUCGCUGUAUCUGCCUCCAAAGGCAGUAGUUCAAGUUCAUCUUCUUCUGGAAAGGAGCUGGACAAGGACAUUUUAGCAUCCCCUGAUGAAGUAGAGAAAGGAGAUGCAGCGAAGAAGAAACAGAAAGAGUCAAAGUCAAAAGCAAAACAGGCUGGAUCAACAAUGAAAUCAGAGAUACUAUCUUCAUCAGUAGCCCUCUCCGACAAAAUUCGCCUUUCCCAUGCUCAUCUCUACAUGCCUCAGUUCUUACUGACCCAAGCUGUUUCACAGGAGCUUACCCAGGACGAAAAGACAGCAGUACUGAAUUUGGGAGCGACAUUCCAUACAGAAUGGUGUCCUCAGAUCACGCAUUUGGUGUUGAAGGAUCGAUAUGCGGCUAUCACGGAUGUGCGACCGAAUGAGGAUCCAUCUUUUUUAGCAUGUUGUUUCCAAGCAAACAACUUGCCGGGAAUCGUUACGCUGGUAUAUCUGCGAGAUGCGAUAGAGAGGGGAAGCUGGUAUACAAUUUUUUUAGUUUAUUUCUUGUGGAUUGAUAAUGAUAUUGUACUUGUAGUAGAAGGAGUAAGAACUUGUAAAUCAGAGUAACUGAUUGCACUGGCUGUAAAAUUAAGGACAGCAACAUGAAAAAAUGAAAAUACAUGUUCUGGCUCUUCAACGCUCCUUCUAAUGCCUCCUUCACCACCCCACGACCACAGGCCUCCAUGCGACAAUCUUCUUUACCCUUUACCGGGACUAGCCCGUGCAGCAUUGCACGACGCUCGAGCAGAUCCGAAGUUCUUUGAACAGUAUGCCUGCGUUUACUACUUUCCUAGUGCGGAGAAUAGUUCGAAGCGCAGUUACAAGAUGCUCAUUGAGGCAGCGGGCUCGAAAUUUCGUGCGAACAGACCAAAGAUCGAAUUCGCGAUGGACAGCUACUUCAAUCCGAAAAGUAGGUUAGCGAUGGCGAACGAUGAAGAUAACUAUGAGCAAGAUCAGGAUCUUGUCGCUCUUGGAGGUGGGCAGCUUCCUCUUGGCGGGGUAGUUGUACCUGAUGAUCCUAUAGCUUCUACUUAUCACCAGACGAAGAUGAGAAAUCACUUCGACUACCAACGAACGCAGAUUGCAGACCCCUUUUCACAGCAAAUAGGCUCUGCGGUUGGAAGUCUUCACGCCGGACCACAGCACCUGCCAGCACUAGAGGAUCAAGAGGAUGACUUACUCGCUGACGGUGGUGCUGACGGUCUUCAGGGCACGGGCAGAGGAGGCAAUAAUAUGCGAGGCGGUCGUAAUGGUAAAGCAGCUCCUAAAGAAGCCGGAGGAAGUAAGCAAAAAGAGGAGCCACCUUCAAAAAAGCAGAAAGUGGAGAAAGGGAAGGCGAGCAAAGCCAAGUUCGUUCCUCUUCAGGUUUCUUCAGGGACAUCAACAAAUAAAGAUGCUCAACAUGGUUUCACACUUGGAGAUGAAGCGAAGGACAAAGAGCUAAAAGCGCAGACGAAAACAUCAUUUGCGCCUCUAGGAGCCAGCCUCAAUCCCCAUCAAGUGUUGUGGAUUGGCAAGUCGGAAGACUACAAGUUUUUUGAGGAGCAGUACAAAAAACAGUUCAAAAAGCCUAUUGAUCCUAGUAGUUACGCAGACAUUGUACCUCCGAUCUGCGAUGCCCAGAUCCUAUGCGAAGCAGCCUUUCGCUCAAAUGGCAGCUUGCAGCAGCUCAUCGCACGAUACAGAUGCCCGUUCCUGGCGGGGACGGCGAGGGCCUAGGAUUUGUUUUAGGUCUAUUGCGGGACAUCGGGACAUGAUGGAGGCAUUUUCUAGGAAGCCAACAGCAAGGGAAGACUUGAAUUUGGAGCACAUAGUCUCUGUUCGAAGUACACUCGUGAAGACCGGACGCUCUUUUGAGCACUCUGCUUACAAUUUUAAUCUUCUCAAUUUGAGCACUCUUGUUCCGUUGAAACACAUAUUAUAAUUAAGUACUCUUUCUUCAGGUUCAGACAUUUAGCAGAACUAGAAUCAGAAGCUGCUGAGCGAAGAAGCUGAGUGGUCCUAGUGUCUGGGAGAUCUUCUUUUGAAGAUGUAGAAGCUUCUUUUGAGUUUAUACACAGCUGGCUGUUCUUCUCUUAAUGCUUUUGUUUCAUCAUCCGCUUCUGUGGCCCCUAUAGUACGGCGCGGCUCCAGACAUUCCGAAAGUAUGACUUUCUUGAGCGGCUGCACAUGGGCCAGAAGCUAAAGGAGAAGGCACUGCUAAAAAAUAGAAAUUAUGAGUGCUGAGAGACAACGAUCAAGCUGCAAGGUCAAGUACUAGCACCAUCUCUUCUCCUCACCUUGUAGAGUCCUUGCUAAACCGAGACACGGACACCCUGCAAACUGUAAACUGCGACUGCGAUUGCGAAC